AUGUGCUCAACCUCACCUUCACAAUCCGAUGCCGGUACGUUAGCGAGGCGUCUCGCACAAUGCUGUCCAUCAAACGUGCAACUCGGAUACCUGCACACCACCGCACGCUACCAUCCUUCUACGCGAUACAAAGAGGUUACACGUACGAAGUUCGAUGACAUGUUACUCGCCGGUGAAUUCCUUACUUACAGUGAAAUGGAUGGCGAAUCGUACGGUUUAAGUCGCCAAGAAGCGUUCAUCAACGAGGGUAAAGUAAAAAUUGUCUGUAUGGACUUGAUAGGAGCUUUAAUGUUAACAUUACGUGGCCUCUCACCAUAUUUGAUACUUGUCACUAAAUUAGAUAAAGUAUUAUUAGAUUUGAAGCAAAAGGAACGUAGAAGCGAACGCAACUUGGCUAACCAACAACGAAUGUCGUUGGAAACUCCAUUAGAACGAUCAACUUUACAAGUAUUGCUAUCAGGCCGUAUCAUAAUAACUGGCAUACUCAACGAAAUUCUAUAUUUUUUACCCGAUGAAAAAGAAAAAAGUGAAUUCGUUAUGGAAUCUGAAUGUUCUCUGAUGAUGGAUAGCGAAGCAAGACAAGCCAUGAACAAUAACACUAGGGGAUACAAUCUACUCACAUUAUUGGCUUCAAGUGCUACAUCUUUGGAAGAGUCAGGCAAUCGUCCACAGGAGCAAAGUCAAGUGGAGUCUAGUUUGUAUUCCCUGUACAAGGAGUCCCAAGGGACCGGUACAGAAUACAACAGCUAUGACAUACUGAACGACGACCAUCUAAGGGCCCAAAAAGUGUGGAUUUUAGUAGAUACACAUCCUCCACCUGGAAAGUUUACCAAGUUUAAAAUAAUAAUUGUAACUGUCUCUAAUCGUCAAGGAUAUUCUGUGUUACCGGAUGGCUCGAAAUCUUCUAAAUCGGUGACGUUCACGUCACAGGAGAAUGCGGAGAACGAUGUGCACGCGAAUACAACAGGAUUAAUUAUUGAAUCUAGACAACCAGACCGAAAGAUAGCGGGCCGCUCAAUCAGUACAAAAGUACCAGGAUGGAGGGACUACGGGCGAAGCGCCAACUCCGCUGAUGACCCGGAGUUAUGGCUGGCAUUCUUAAUGGAAACCGGCUUACUCAGAGCCAGUAGCAUACACCAGACAUGUAAUUUUAAAGAAUUAUCAUAA